UCGCUCCGGGCUCCGCCGUCGAGCCGGGGAGAGAGCCUCCGCCAGCGGCCAGGCACCGGCCGGACGACGCCUGCGACCCGGGCCCCUCGGCGGCACCGCGCUCACCCAGGGCCGGCACAGGCACCCAGAGCCGGGCCUGUCCUCGUCGCUGGCCUUGCAUUGCCUAACCUCCUGGUGGGUGGGUCUGACCUGGGUGAGGCACGGCCGUCCCUCUGGCAAAGCCUGGUUUUCCAGCCAGAAGCAAAUCCAAAGAACUCCAAGAUGGGAGGCAAGCUGAGCAAGAAGAAGAAGGGGUACAAUGUGAAUGAUGAGAAGGCCAAGGACAAAGACAAGAAGGCCGAGGGUGCAGGCACCGAAGAGGAGGGAACCCCGAAGGAGAACGAGGCCCAAGCGGCCGCCGAGACCACAGAGGUGAAGGAGGGCAAGGAGGAGAAGCCGGACAAGGAUGGCCAGGACGCGGCCGGCAAGCCCGAAGACAAGGAAGGCGACAAAGACACGGCCGCGGCCAAGGAAGACGCCCCGAAGGCGGAGCCCGAGCAGACGGAGGCGGCGGCCGAGGGCAAGCCCGAGCCCCCGAAGGCCGCCGAGCCCGAGCCCGCGGCCGCGGCUGGCGACGCCCCCAAGGCCGCGGAGCCCGAGGCGCCCGCGGAGGCCAAGGCCGACGACAAGGGCAAGGAGGCCGGGGAACCCACCAAGACUGAGGCUCCCGCAGCUCCUGCCGCGCAGGAGACGAAAAGUGACGGGGCCCCGGCUUCAGACUCAAAACCCAGCAGCACCGAGGCUGCGCCGUCGUCCAAGGAGAGCCCCGCAGCCACGGAAGCACCCAGUUCCACGGCCAAGGCCCAGGCCCCCGCAGCCCCCGCGGACGAGGUCAAGGCGGCCGAGGCGCCCGCCAGCUCCGAGCAAACCGUAGCAGUCAAGGAGUAACAAGGACAGCCUAUGGAAACCGAGUCUGCUUCCACCGCCUGUCUCUCUCUCUCUGUGUCUCUCUCUCUCUCUGUCUCUCUCUCUCUGUCUCUCUCUCUCUCUCCUAUACUAACUCGUUUCAAAUCCGAAGUAAUGAUAUGUAUUGCCCAAGAUUAAAGGAAAAAAACAAAAGGAUGUUGUCCCAUCGAGGGAGGGAGGGGGUGGGGAGAAUCCAAAUAGUAUUUUUGUGGGGAAAUAUCUAAUAUACCUUCAGUCAACUUUACCAAUCAGUCCUGGAUUUUAAAGAUCAAUGUCUGAAAGUACAGUACAAUUUUUGUACCUGAACUGCUGUCACAGGCACUCCGCCGCUAAGAUCCGAAUAUCUUGUCUUCUGCAAGGGGGUUGGGAGUGAUGCGUUUGAUUCUGCCCACAGGGCCUAGGCCAAGGCAAUCAGAUCUUUCGGAAAGCAGUAUUUUCUGUGUUUUUCUUUUUAAUUUACAGCUUUUCUUAUUUUGGUAUUUUUUUAAUGUUGUGGAUGAAUGCCAACUUUCAGACAGCCCUCUUAGCCUGUCCACACGUAUCUCGAUGCCAAGACUCCAUUCUUCCUCCCCAGGUAUUUUGGGGAGUAACAAACAUUCUCUCAUCCUACUUAGCCUCCCUAGAUUUCUCAUGACGAGUUAAUGCAUGUCCGUGGUUGGGUGCACCUGUAGUUCUGUUUAUUGGUCAGUGGAAAUGAAAAAAAAAAAAAAAAAGUCUGCGUUCAUUGCAGUUCUGGUUUCUCUUCCAUUCUGUGUCACAGGCACCAACACACCGCUCAUUGGAAAAUGGAAAAAAAAAAAAAAAAUAAAAAAACCCCAAAAAAAAUGUACAAUGGAUGCAUUGAAAUUAUAUGUAAUUGUAUAAAUGGUGCAACAGUAAUAAAGUUAAACAAUUAAAAAGAA